CCGGAUCCCCCAUUUCACCCUCUUCAGUAAACUCGUACGCCGAGGGAGAUCGAGAGAUCUGUAAUUCGACUUCGCUGCUUUCCCCAUAUAAAUAUAAUCAGAUUCAUUCUGUUAUUCACACAACGAUCUCACUUUUUUUCCGGUUACAUUCUGAUCGACUAGGUUUCACUUUUUUUUUUUUUUCCUGAAUCCUUACAGAUCUCUGCUGUAGCUUCAGAAUGGCUCAGCCUCUGGUGAAGAAGGACGAUGAUCGCGAUGACGAAAUGGACUAUUCCCCAUUUCUGGGGAUUGAGAAGGGUGCUGUUCUUCAGGAAGCUAGGGUUUUCAAUGAUCCUCAACUGGAUGCACGGAGAUGCUCACAGGUCAUUACAAAGCUUCUGUAUCUUCUGAAUCAGGGAGAGUCGUUUACAAAGGUUAGCUCUGAAGCUAUUAGUUUUAGCAGUAAAUCAUCGUUCCAUUUUUUUGCAAAUUGUACAAUGAAACAUCACAAAUUAAAUGCCAAAACCGCCAUUUAAAGAGGUGAAAGAAAA